AUGCCUCGUGGGAAGAAACACACCUGUUGUCUGCGUCUUCUGGCUCCGCCUCCUGCCACGUUAAUUUCCGAAGCUAUGGAACAGCCUUCCGCGGUCAAUGACUAUCACUUGAACAUUUGUAUCCUGAUUCUGAAUGAAGUACUCAGGAAAAAACCAAUCUUCGAUUCCUACGAAAACUUUUGUAAAUUAGUUGGGGAUAAUUUCAUGAACUAUCCGGACUUCGAGUUCUGGUAUUAUCGAAUGUAUCGAUAUUCUCGUGGAGAACUUGAUGACUGUGAUCGGAGUAUGAAUCCAGUGCGAAAAACUAUCAUGGAUAUGCCAGUUUCAUUGAUGUACAAGAUUACUGGCUACCUGGAUACAGUGGAGAGAACUUAUCUCCGAUCGAUGAACAAAUGUCUCAAAGAUAUUGUUGAUUUUCGCCCACCGAGUUUCGAUGUAAUUUCAGCAUGCGAUAAAUGUCUCGAAUGGAAGUUGAACAACAAAUCGUUCAGCUGCGGGCUGAGCGACUAUGUGUUGAAAAUGCCCAAUCUUAAAGUGAAUCAUCUCUCCUUGAAUAUCAUGAACGAAUCUGCAUAUUUCAACGAUCUUCUGCCUGUUCUAUUCCACGCCAAAAGUGUGUCUAUCAGUGCAUUCGAUUUCAAGAAGUCUCUUGAACUCUUAUCAGCAAUGAAUCCCGGAGAACUCGAGUCGAUUGAUUUUACUAUAGAUGACACAGACACAACAGAAGUUUUUUGGGAGUUUUUUGAAACUGAGCAAUUCAAACAGGCAAAAAGAGUAGAAUCAAACAUUUAUGUUCAUGAGAGUGAUCUAAUGGGAUUCAGUCAUUUGAAAUCUUUCAAAUUUCCAAUCGGUUAUAUUGAACCAGUGGAUUUUCAAAUAAUUCGAGAUAUGAUUUCCACUUUUGACAAAUUCGAAUCGUGUGAGCUGAAAAGUACCUAUUUUAGGGAUGGUUUCGAUGUCCGAACUGUUGCUGAAGCACUGGAAGCAGAAAUUCCGUUCGGACCAUUGAAGACUGUCACUCAUCGUCAUCGAAUUCCAGGAUCUAAUGAGUAUUUGGAAUUCACGAUUGAAGAGGCAGAAUCAUUUUGUUUGAUCAAGAUCGUUAAAAGGAUCACAGGGACCCCAAGAUCGGUUUCCCAUGAGGAAUCUAUCGGCUGGCCCUACAUAGCCGCUGGGAAAGCUGUUUUCUUGUCCCCUGAUGGGUCAGACCCUGAUGGUCUGUUGUCAAGAACCUCCGGUUUCCGCGAUUCUCUAGUUUUUUUUUUUGAAAAAACACAUUUUGAAAUAGGCGCCAAUAUCGACAGUAAGAGAUGUCAAGAUAGGCGAUUUGGAGCAUAUUCUGUAACUUUCAUCAAAAUCCUCCUCUCUACUGCACCCCCUGCAGAUGACGUGGCAGAUUACAUUCCUUAUAACCUGUCGGGUCAAGAAGAAUACAAAAAGAACCUUUAUUGCCUCGUGGAACAUACAAACUGCCACGUCAUCUGUCCAUUAGAUAAUAAUCUAGGUCAAAUAACUUUGAUUGGAAGUACCUGUCAUACAAAAGGAUCCAAUCCCCCCAACAAAAAAGAACAAAGAAAUAUCGAAUCUAUCCAGAAUUCCUUCACAAGAAGGCUUUAUAGUAGGAAUCUAGGCAGAUAUAUUACUCCACAAGACUCAGAUUACAUGAAUGCUAGUGAACGUAACCUCCUUUAUGGUCUCUCCUCUCUGGAACACAGGCGACAAACAAUUGAUAAAAAACUGAUAUCUAAAAUAAUGUUAGGAAAAAGUGACGAAAUUUAUGUGCAGAACCAUGGUUCAGUUAUUAUCCUGUUCUAUCUUGAAUUCCGGGAAUUCGUUGAAUCGGUUCGGAAUUCUAAUAUGGUCUUGAAAGGUUACCCUGGAACCUGGUUCUCAAGAUCAAAAGAUCCAUUCGAAUGGUCCACUUACCGUAAUAAAAACCCCGAAUCCAACAAAACGCUAGAAUUUAAGAUUGAAGAAUCAGGAGGAGAUUGGAGUUUCAUCGACAUUCGUAAUAUUCCAUAA